UGGCAAAAUACGCAACAAAAGGUGAACCUCGAUCACAGUCCGCAUCUGAGAUACUCGCUGCGUGUGUUAAUAGACGAUAAUACAGACAUGGCUUCAUCUGCACUGCGAAGAGCAAUGAUUCAAGUCGCUGGAGAACGUGACAUAGGAUCUCAAACUGCACGUAUGCUUCUUGGAAAACCAUUGUAUUCUUGCACCUAUUCCUUUCUCUGUGUCUCAUUGGAUGGAAGUCGAAGAGUUCGGACUGGAGAUGAAGAUGAUGAAAACCAAGGCGAUCAAGCAUUAGAUCCAUCAGUACUUGACCAUUAUGCUACUCGUGCUAACUGGCAAGAAAAUAACCCUGAAAUUCUUAACCUUAAUCUGGUACAAUUUGCCUCUGCUUACCAUGUCACUAAGAGGAAGCCCAAACACCGUAAACAGGAAGUAAUUAUUAGGACUUUUCCAAUUUUCUCUCCAAAUCCUUCGGGA